CGUGUCAGUGUCAGUUGCCCACGGGAGUUCGCCACGCGUGACCGCAUCUUACUCGGGACUCGCCGGUCCCGCGCACUAGUGAAUCGCGCACGAGUUACAAGUGGUAGUGACUGUGAUUUUUUUUUAAUUUAAUUUAAUUGAUGACCAAACAAAAUACUAUGACAUAGUGCUCAGCGGUCAGUGAAAUAACAUCAAUAUGACUAUCCGAUGGAGAGGUGCGUCGCGCGCGGCGGUCGGCGCGCUACUGACCUUUUUAUUGUGUGUCAGUUCACAAGUAACCUCGUGUGAGGGGCGGGAGGAGCCGCAUAGAUUUACCAUAGACGAACUGCUUUCUUCACAGUUCGAGUAUAAGGAGUCAGAUGAUGUUGGAUUAGAUCCUUGUAAAGCUGGUAACUUUCAAGGGGACAUAGCGAUACCGGAUUCGGAUUUAUAUAAACCAGCAACGGUAUCACCGGCGAAGAUAAACAAAUCUCUUCAAGAAGAGGUGGAAAGACUGAAAAAAGAGGUGCUUCUAGAAGGACUGCAAGUAGAAGAAGAGGGAUUGCCAGAUAUACUGAGGAAGAGGACGAAGCAACCGCUACCACUGUCUCAAGAUAAACCGAAGAAGUAUAACGAUGCUGCUCUGAUGACGAAAACUUUACCAGCCGGGUUGGAUAAAUCCCUAUUAUUGAAGAACGGUAAAUUAUUACCCGAGGACAUGCUAGAUAAUUCCACAAACACAACCAUUAACCAAACCAUAUCGGAUCACGCAAACCAAACGUACUUAACGGAUAACCUGACCGAAUACGAUAGCCUUGAGCAAGACGGCGUUUUAGUUGUAAACAUAUCCACAGACAGCAUAUUGAAUUUAGACGAGCUAUACCCACAUAUACAGAUAUCAAAUGUUUCAAACAAAGUAGAUGAGACGACGAACAAAAUACAGAGCAAUAGUAGAGAAAUUACAGGCGAUUCUAACAAUUACAUAAAGUUUAAAGAUCUGCCUGAGAAUAUGACUGUCGCUCCGGCGCCUACUAACGGUGUUAUACCUACGAAUGAGCAAGAUGAAGAUAAAAUUAAAAAAACUGAUCUAAGUUUAGACGGUAAUGCUGAAGGGAAUGAUUUGUUGAAGCCAACGGAGAGUUUACAAAACUUAGUUGAAGAGGCAAGUGGUAGACGUAAAAGGAGGAGAAGACGACAUGGAAACGGAAGACGGUUAAGAAACAUCCAUUCAAGUGAGAGAACUGGCCAAAACUUAAUAAAAAUGGAGGAAAUAAACACAGAAUCACAUUUUGUGAGGAAAAAAUUUUUUCGUCACCACAAAAAACGGAACAGUAACGAACAAGGAGAAAAGAAGUUUCAAAUACCAGAACAUGAGUUUGAAGAGAGAUUUGAAUUGAAACCACAGCCGAAGGAGAACUAUACUGAUAACCAACAGUUUCAAAAUAUGGUAUUUCGAGACACGGACGAAGAUUUGGAGAUGGUCGAGACCAGAGCAUAUAAUGACACUCAGACAAAAAAGAGACAUCGAUCUAUUCGCGCGGCGACGAACCGAAAGGAGCGAAUUUGGGAGAAUGGUGUGAUACCGUACGAGAUAGAUGGAAACUUCAGCGGUGCUCACAAGUCACUGUUCAAGCAGGCCAUGAGGCAUUGGGAGAACUUCACUUGCGUCAAAUUUGUGGAGAGAGAUGCUGAUAUGCAUAAGGAUUAUAUUGUGUUCACUGAGAGGCCUUGCGGGUGUUGCUCCUUCGUCGGCAAGAGAGGUGGUGGCGCUCAGGCCAUAUCAAUCGGCAAGAACUGUGAUAAGUUCGGCAUCGUGGUCCACGAGCUGGGACAUGUAGUCGGCUUCUGGCACGAGCACACGCGACCUGACCGCGAUCACCAUGUCCAGAUCAUCAGGGACAAUAUUAUGCAUGGACAAGAAUACAACUUCAACAAGCUAACAGAAGAAGAAGUGAACUCUUUAGGACAGACGUAUGACUACGAUUCCAUAAUGCAUUACGCAAGGAAUACGUUUAGCAAAGGAACUUAUUUGGACACCAUACUGCCUCUAGAAGUUCAUGGGAAGAAACGACCGGAGAUUGGACAGCGGGUGAGGCUCAGUGCCAGCGAUAUAGCACAGACUAAUCUUCUUUACAAAUGCGCAAAAUGCGGUAGAACUCUUCUCGGUAAUUCUGGUUGGUUCAACUCCCCGGGAUGGGGGACGGAGCCUGUGCCAGCCACUCCUGAGCGCUGCGAGUGGAGGAUUGUCGCCACGCAUGGAGAAAGGGUCGUGCUGAACAUCACUGAAAUCGACAUCCAUAAGUCGGAAGGCUGUCGUUCGGAAUGGGUGGAAGUACGCGAUGGAUACAUGCCCGACGCGCCUGUCCUGGGUCGCAUCUGUGGGUCAGGGAAGGGGCCCAUCAUGAGGUCCACUGGGUCCAGGCUUACGGUCGUUUACCAACCAGGACCGAGACCAAAGCCGCAUAGAGGAUUUAAGGCGUUUUACGAAGCUGUUUGUGGUGGUGAUAUAGAAGUUGAUAGCAGUGGUCAUCUGGAGUCUCCCAAUUACCCUGAUGAUUACCAGCCUAAUAAGCUUUGUAUUUGGAGACUGUCGGUUCCACAGGAUUAUCAAGUGGCGUUAAGGUUCCAUUCCUUCGAAGUGGAGAACCACGACACGUGUUCCUACGACAAAGUAAAAGUGAGGGAUGGUGACUCGAUGGAUAGCCCAUUGAUCGGCAUGUUCUGCGGUCAUAAGAUACCACCCGACAUAAGGUCGACAUCAAACACCCUGCUAGUGAUCUUUGAGUCAGACAGCACGGUGCAGAAGGCAGGCUUCUCAGCGACCUUCAUGAAGGAGUUCGAUGAAUGCGCCUCCAUCGAGCACGGCUGCAGUCACUCGUGUGUCAACACUCUAGGAGGGUAUGAGUGUGCGUGUGACAUCGGGUAUGAAUUGCACUCCGAUGGGAAGAAAUGUGAAAACGCCUGCGGAGGCGCUCUCUACGGCCCCAAUGGAACAAUAACGUCACCUUCAUUCCCCGAGCUGUACCCCCCAUCCAAGAACUGCCUCUGGGAGAUAGUAGCGCCCCCACAACACAGAAUCACUUUGAACUUCACCCACUUUGAUCUGGAGGGGAAUAAUAUGUAUCAGCAGGAAUGUGAAUACGACAGUGUCACGGUCCACUCCAAACUGGGAGCGGAGAUAUUGCGCCGUCACGGAGCGUUCUGCGGCACGGCGUUACCACCUCCUGUGACGUCAGACGGGUCUGUCCUCAGAGUUCAAUUCACAUCAGAUGGUUCAGUGCAUCGCUCAGGAUUCGCAGCAGUCUACUACAUAGACGUGGACGAAUGUGCUGAGAACAACGGAGGGUGUCAGCAUGAAUGCCACAAUACUCUGGGAGGUUAUGAGUGUGCAUGCCAUAGUGGCUUCACGCUGCAUCCUAACAAACACGAUUGCAAGGAGGGAGGCUGCAAGCAUGACGUCACUCUGCCCCAUGGCACCAUAUUUAGUCCUAAUUACCCAGCGGCGUAUCCUGCUCGCAAAGACUGUGUGUGGCAAUUCUCUACCACCCCGGGACAUCGGAUCAAAUUGAUCUUCAAUGUUUUUGAGCUGGAGCCUCAUCAGGAAUGUGCAUACGAUCACGUGACCAUAUAUGAUGGCGCCUCUGCAGAUGAGAAGACAUUAGGAAUGUUCUGUGGUAGCAAGCUACCACACCCGGUGGUCGCGUCUCAGAACCAGAUGUACGUCGUGUUCAAAUCUGAUGGUUCCGUGCAGAGAAAGGGAUUCCUCGCUACGCACUCCACGGCCUGUGGCGGCUACCUAGCAGCAACAGAGGCAGUGAAACAUCUCUACUCCCACGCCCGUUACGGAGACAAUUCCUACGAGUCACGAGCUGACUGCGACUGGAACAUUGAGGCGCCUCCCAACCAUUUCGUAAGACUCACCUUCCUGACCUUCGAACUGGAAAGAGAGGCCAACUGCAGAUAUGAUUACGUCCAAGUCUUUGGGGGCUUGGAAGGCAGUGGUGGGAAUUAUGGCACGUUUUGUGGAACUAAGAUGCCACCAGAAAUCGUCUCAACAUCAGAAGCAUUGUUAGUAAGAUUCCGGACAGACGACUCCCUAGUCUUCAAAGGUUUCUCCGCAUCCUACCAAAUGGUGAAACCCACAUGGAGUGAAGAGGACAGUUUAGAGGGUGGUGAAUACGAGGGCGAGGAGGAGGACGAGCGCAUGCCGCCGCUGGUGGUGGGGCGGCGCGGGCUGCGCGCGCCGGCGGCGCGGUUCGUGCGGCGCGGCGCGUGACGCGGCGCGUGACGCCGGCCGCGCCUGCCGCCGCACGCGCCGCACCGCCGCGCGCGCCUGCACCGACACGCCAGAGAACCCUUGUAAAUCGGACCACUUAAAUGUGUUGCCAUAUUCAAAAUAUUAUUCUUAUUUUAAAUGUGAGUCGGUUCAAUUUUUGAUUUUGGAAUGACAUUUUGCUAUUUUGUUUGCAAUAUUGAGGAAUUGGGAUACUUAAGGAAAUUCAGUUUUGUUACAAUGCGGUCGUAAUCUUACGUUUAAUCUCAUUAUUUGCGACUGACAAAUAUGUAAAUAAAUGAAUAUUCCUAGUCUAGCUUAGAUUUAUUACUUAAAGUGUGGUUACCAAAGAAACUCACGUAGCGAAACGUAUAAGUUUCACAUAAACAUUUUUUAUAUUCGCCUGUUUUAACCAAAGAGAAUCAUAAUAAUUAAGAAUAAUUAUUGUGUUAUAAAUGAAAAGAUCAGAAUAGUCAGAAUCAAAUCAAAUACUUAGGUGUUUCUUUUAAUAAAACGCACACAUACUCAAAUUUGUUUGUAAUAGGAGUUAUAUUAAAUAUAGCACAAGUUAUUAAAUAAUACUGAGACAAUAUGUAAGUUUAAGAUUACUGUGAAGUAUAGCUCAUUCUUAAUGUUAGGUGUUCAAUUCCAUAUCAGAAAUUCAAUACUCCAGUACAUUGUAUAUUAGAUGUAAGAAUACUCAGUGAAUUAAUACAAUUACUUGCCUACUAUACCGAAAUUAAAUAAUUCGUUUUUCUUUAAGCAAAGGAAACAUUCCUUACAUCAAAUAGGUACAACAUUUACUAAAAAAGUCUUUAUGCAUUUGUACUUAAUAAAUCUUUAAAACUGGAUUUUAAAUACUUUGCUUAUUUCUUUGAAAAGGGAGGAAACUCAAAGCACCUCGAAACACUGUCAAGGAAAUCAUAACAAGACCUAAGGGCUCGACCUUCCGCCUUAAGAAUGAUUAGGCGCCAAUAGUCAAUACUCAAACUAAGUCGCAUAAUACUCAAAAUGUUCGUAUAUAAUUAGAUACGUGCCAAACGGAUACUUAGUUACUAUUAACGCCAUAGUGUAUAAUAAGCUAGUGUUUUGUAACUUAAAUAUUUAUACUUAGGAAUGUUAUUUUUAUUAAAAUCCAAUGAAAAAUCA